AUGUCAGUUCUUCCUGAGCCUGACGUUCUUGUUGCCCGUCGGUCUCGAUGCCUCAACCUUGGGUACUCCUGUGGUUCUACCAAAGAUCAUUCAAAGAGUCGACAAUCGUUGGAGCAGACAAGAGCGCUGCAUGUAGAAACCCAGAGAGAUCCUUCGUUCAGACCCUCGCAACGUUUCUCUGGUGGAAUCGACCCGGACAGCACCCUUGAAGGGAUAGCAUCGUACUUUCUCGAUACAAACACAGAUAGCCAUGAUCCUUCUAGCAACCCUGAAAACAGUGGUUGGAGCCUUGAUCCUGGUUUAGGUGCCCAACUAAUCGAGCUCUUCUUUGAGAAAGUUCAAUGUUGGCUGCCCAUAAUCCACCGGCCUAAAUUUGCUGCAAGAUUCAUACGGCGCGCAGGCGAGACCGCCACAGUGGUAGAUCGGUCGACAGUCUCCGACGUUGAAGCCUUUCUGAUGUACGGCAUCUUCGCAUUAGGGGCAAGAUUUUCCAGGUCCCCUUAUUUCGACAAAGUUCCUCCUGUCGACCAAGGCCAGAAGUAUGCCAGUCACGCUGCAACGACUUUGGAUUGCAUCUUCAAGACGCACCAGGAGCCGAGCGUAGAGUUCCUACAAGGCUGCAUUAUGCUUGCAGUCUAUCAUUUGAUGGCAGGACACGCGGGCCCCGGUUUUGCCUUGACCAGCGUUUGUGUCCGUUUCGCCUUCGCGCUCUCGCUAAAUGAAAUCGACGCAGAGCUCAUGAACGAGGACGGCACGCUCAACACUGAGAGCUUUGAAGAGAGCGCGGGCUCCUGGGUUAGAAAGGAGCAGCUUCGGAGAUUGUGGUGGGCAACAUGGGAACUUGAGAUAUAUAUGGCCACCCUAUCUUGUCAGCCAUCUGACAUUGAAAGGAGGAUAAGAGUCCUCCUCCCCGUUCCCGACUGCGACUGGAUCCGCGGUAUUCCGGUGAAGUCGGCUUUCAUCCACCAUCGUCCUGAGUCCGUGUGGACGAGCUUGCGAGGAUCUUCCAAUCAGUCACCCCGAGCCUGGUUCCUCCUUGCAAAUUACCUCAAGUCUUGCAUGUCGGUUCCCUGCCAUCAUUUGCCUGAGAUCACGACAAGCACAAAGUCCAGCCUCGAGACUGCCCUGUGCAAUUUCAAGCUCUCACUACCAGCAGAAUUCCAAUUGCGAUCGCUGUUUGUCAACAAUCAGAAUUAUGAGGAGGCUAAUUGGGUCAUUUCCACACACUUGAUCAUCGUAGCGUGUGAAACUCUUCUGGAGAGCUCGAGACGGCCCUCGGGUGUGCGGCACGAUGUCGACUCUCCAACCUCCGCUCAAGAUACAGGGCCUUUCGCAAGGCGGAUGGCCUCUUAUCUCGUCAACGUUGCCCAAGUAUGGCCGCCAGAAUACAUACCGUUGAAUCAUCCCAUGGUGUGCUGUGCCGUCAUUCUACCAGCCAGCAUAGCUACCCAGCAGUGUGAAUCUACCGCUCGUGCCCAGGAAGUGGCUGGGCUGAUCCUCAGCCAUUACGCGAAAUACUGGGCGAUCGGGUCGGAAAUGCUUCAGUUGCUUACUGCUGUUCGGCAACCCUUAAAAACAGUGGAUCAAUACUCGGAUCAUCUGCCAACAAUAUUAAGACAAGCGAGCUCCGUUGGGACAUCUGCAAAGUAUCUUGGUCAGUUUACUUUUGCAUUGAACAGUCUGAGGUAUUCGAAAUAUGCACGACAGCCCCUUGAAGUUACGGCCAAACUCGGAGAGUACUUGCUCGCGAAAGUGCCUUUGAGCAUAACCGACGUCCACGAGAUCGUCGCCACAGGCCGCCAAGAAAGUGCCAAUUCAGAAGCAGAUUUUGGACUAGGAAACCGAAUAUCAUUAUAUUGA